AUGCGAAUACCCUAAGCUUAUUUUGAGAGCAUGGUUAGAAGAUAUAAGAAAUCUAAAUAUGUGGAUUAAACUGAUUACUCUUGGAUUGAAACAACCAAGAAGCCUUUUGUCGAAAGAAUUUAAGAUUUUGCAUAAUGCAAACAAUUGUAGAAUCCCAUGUAUACACGCAUUAUUUGUGAAACAAUUGACACAAUAUUUAAAGCAGCAGUAGCUUUAUUUCAAGACCAAGAUCAAACCCUCUGCAUUUAAUUGCUGGGUGAAUCUGAUUCUAUUUAAAUUUGGGAUUUGUGUUUAUAGUGUUGUGAUUACAUAAUCAAAUCAGCAAAUUAGAAAAUAAGUAUUUCAAUUUAAAUAAUUUAAAGUUGAUAUGUUUUUUAGUUAUGAAUAUAUUUUGACACUAAUAUUUCACAAUCCAGAUUAUGAAAUAUAAAAAAUAUAUAAAUUAGUAUAAUGCAUGUAAUAUUUGAUUGAAUCAAUGAAUUAAUCCAAAUAUUGUAAAUUUAAAAGUAAUUAAUUAAAUUAUAUAUCAUAGUUGAGUAAUUUGAGAGAAUCUUUAUAAGAUUCAUGUAUAUUAAUGCAUUUUUUUAAAAGAAUAUCUACAAUUUGUCAGAUUAAGAAUAUUAAGAAUUUUUUUAAUAUACAAUUGAUAAUUACAAUCUCAAAAUAACUAUGCCAAAUGAAGAUAUGAAUAAUUAUCAAAGAUAUUUGGAAAUGAGCAAUCUCAGAAAAAUACUAAAGUCUCCACCUAUAAUUUUAGAUAUUCCUUUUGAUUAAUCUAAAAAUCCAUUAGAUUAAAGUUAAUAGAUUGCAACAGAAAUUAAAGUCUAAAAAGACAGUAUUCUAUUUGAUUAAAUCUAUAUUCGAUUGUUAUGUUAAUAUUCUAUUGAUGAACAAUUAUUAUAGAAGAUGUUCAUAAGUAAUUAUAUAUUUCAUUUUAAAUGUACUUUCUCAGAAUUACAAUUAAUUAAUCCUAAAUUUAUGACAGAUAUUAACAAUAGAUUAAUAGAUUAAAAGGACUUUUUAUUUUUAUUAAUAAGGAUGAUUGCUAGUAAAAAGGAUGAAUAUUUAGAAGAUACAUUAGUAGAGAGUCUCAAAUUCAUUAAAUCAAAGCAAAUUUAAUUAUAUGAACAUAAUACAUUCUUAGAUAAAUUGUGGUUAUUUGAAUUAUAAGGAAUUUAAGACACAUUAAUUUGGUGGAAGAAAGAACUAUAAAUAACUGAAGGGUACUUCUAUGAUAAUAGAAUGAAUUUAAAUGUUAAAUUUUAAUAAUUGUUCUUUUAAUAAUUAUGUGAUCAAUAAUUUACUUAGAUAUUCAAAAAAUAACCAAAUUAUACAUAAUGGAAUUUUAUAAUUAUUCAAAUCAUUAGAAAAUCAUUUGGAUAAGAUGGAGAAACUAAAUUACCAUAUUAUAUUUUAAAUCCAAUCUUAAGUUAUUGUGUUAAUCUCAUUAUUGAAUUACCAGGCAAUAAUCAAAAUUAAUAAUUAGAUUAUCAAUUAGAAAGUUAAAUAAUUUAGGGAUUAAUAGAAAUUCUUAAGUAUUGUAAUAAGAAAUCCUAAAUUCAAUUAUAAAUAAGAGCAUUUCAAUUGUUAAAUUAAUUGGUUACAUACUAUAAACAAGAAUUUGAUUAAGUGUAGAUAUAAAAUGCUUAAUCUGAAUUUUUGAUGCCAGUUCCUGAAAGAUAUCAUAAAUUGCUUACAGAAAUCUGGUCUAACAAGAUUUUAGAAGAUACUUUACAUUCUGCUGAACUCAAUGAAACAUUAUACACUUAUUUAAUUACUUAAUUAGCCAUAACAAUGGGAGAGAAUCCUGCUAGAGUAAGAUAAUUCUGUGAAAACAAUAGUUUAUAAUAUUUAAUCAAUAGAAUAUUUGAUUUAUUAAAGAUAUGCUCAAGAGCAUCUCCAUUAAUUGUAACAAUUAUAAAUUUGUUAAUUGCAAUCAGUACAAAUGAAUAAGCAAUAUCAUUAUCAUAGUCAUCAAAUAAUAAUGAAGAUAAAUAAGAAAAAGAUAAUUUAAUUAAAAGAGUCUUUGUAAAAUGUUAUUUGCCUUCAACUGAACUAUUAAAUGAUCCAUCUGUGAGUGAUGAUUUUGCAAAAAAGAUUAUUAUGUUAUAUAGUUAAAGUGUAUUGGCAAAAAAAUAAAUAGAGAAGGUUAUAGAGAAUACAUUUGUUCAGAUUUCAUAAUUAGUAGAUUUAAGUAAAGAUAAAAUAGAGGAAAUAGUUAGUAAUUAAGAUAAAUUACAAUCUUUUUAUAGUUCUUCAAAAAGUUUGUAAGCAUUAUUACAAUUAUUUAUGCAAUUACAACCAGAGAGGAAAUCAUCAUAUCGAUCAUUUUAAGGAUACGAAGAGUUAUAAUUAGAAGAAGCUUAAAGAUAAAAGGAUAUUUUAUUUAACUCUCUUUUAAAGAAUUAAAAAUUUGUAGAAGCAUUAGAGAAGAUUAUAAUGAGUCCAAUACUUAUAGGUAGUAAAAAUAAGGAUAGAUAUGUCGAACAUUAUGUUGGUAUUUUAUGUAAGAAAACAAAAUUGAAUCCUUAUACUUCUUUAUGGAAGGAAUUAGAUUUAAUUUCUUAAAAUUAUAUGGUUAUAGGUGAUUAAAAGAUUAUAGAUAUUGGAAAAUUAGUAGAUUAUGAUGCUUUGUCUAUCCAUAUGAGUGACAAAUAUUUUUUUAGAAAAAUAAUCAAACAUAUAUCUCCUUAAACUUAUAGAGGAUUUUAUAUACUAAGUCGUUUCCACUUGAUUCAUUAUUUAAUUAAGAUGUGUAUUAAUUAGGGUAUACCAUAAAAUUAAGAUAGUCAUUUAAUGAUUUCUUAAUUAUUAGAAAUCUAUUUUCUAUCUUCAUAACAUGCAGGUUUUCAUGAAUCCAUAAUGAUGUUUAUGUCUGCUAAAUAAUAAAUUCAGAAAAAUUAGACUAGUUAUGAUGAAGACUCUUAAAUAAGGAGAAGAAUUAGUAAGGAUAAUUUAAUACCAUUAUAAUAAUCAUGUUUGGAUUUGAUUAGUAAAUUAUAAUAACAAGUUGAAUAGAAAGACUUUGUGAUUAAGAAAUAUGGAGAAAUAACUUAAUUAUUCUUCUAGAAUUUUUAAGAAAAGUGUCAAUAACUUAAAUAAGCUUAAGGAAUAUAAAUUAUUUCAAUUGUAACUUAUUUGUAAGAUAUGUUAAAAUCAUUCAAAUUUCUUUAAAAUUUAUUUUUGAAUUUAGAACAAUAAUAUUAACCAUUAUAAUUUGCUGUAAUCUGUUUCUAGAACAGUAAUUUCUUUUUUUAAUUGAUUGAAAUUAUAUAAUAUUUGGAUAGUAUAUAAAGAUAAUAAUAAUUUAAUGGUACAAAAGAAUAAGAGAUUAUAAGAAAGAUUUUGCCAGGAUUUAUAGAAGCUAUACAUUAACAUAUAGAUAAUAUUAUUAAAUUAUUAAUUUUUAAGAAGAUUGUAAUAGACAAGAUAUAAUUAUCAGAUUAAUUAAUUUAAGAUAAUUAAUAAUUAGAUAUUGUAUGUAAUGAAAUCUUUGUAGCUUAAGCAUCAAUACUUAAUUAAAUGAUUGAUCUAUUACUCUAUAAUAAUUGUGAAGGUAAUUUAAAGACUUUAUUAGAAUAAUUAAUAUAAAAGUUUUAUUCAAUAAAAGAUUUUUAAGUAUAAGAGAUGAGAAAGAUAGCUGGAACUGAAACAAAAGAAUAAUAACUAAUUGGAAAUAAAGAUAUUAAUUAAAUUUUAACUGGAAAUGAUAUACAAUAAGAAUAGAAAAAAUCAUUAUUUGAUAGACUUGAAAUUAAAGCCAUUAUAAAUGAUUUAUGUGAUAUGGGAUUCAAAUAAUAAUUAAUCAAAAAAGCUAUUUAAAGAAUUGAAAUUCCUGAACCUACUAUGAUAAUUGACAUGUUAAUUAAUGAGAGAAUUUCUGAUGAUGAAGAAGAAUAAGAAGAAACUUUUGAUCAAAUGUUAAAAAAUACUGAACAAAAUCAAGAAAUAUAAAAUUAAUAAGAUUAAGAAAAAUUAAAGAUGGAAACUGAAAUAUAAAAAGAACAAAAUGAAAUCUAAGUUUUGGAUUAAGAAUAAUUCAUGAAAAUUUUAAUAUAAAAUUUCCCAAAAGCUAAUACAUAAUAAAAUAUUUUGGAAAGAUUUUUAACCCUAAUUAAUGAUUUUUAAUAAAAAUUAGAUACUAAUCUUAGUAAAUAAUUAGAUUAAAAUUUGAAUAACCCAAAAUCAAAUGGUAAUUUAUUAGAAUAUUUAUUUACUAUUGCAAAGAAAUCAUAACAUAUAAAUAAGAUUAUAGAAUAUAUUUUUAUGAUCUUUUGUUCCUUAAAAUAAUAAGAUAAAUGUUCUUAAGAUUUAAAUGUUACAAUGAUUCAAUAUUAAAAAGCAUUAAAAUGGCUGAACUUAUUAUCAUAGAUUGCUCCUUAAGAACAUGAAAAAUUAUAUUAGAAUUUAGCUUUAAUAGAUCAAGAAUCACAAUAAAAAUAUGUACUCUCAUUUUAAUCAAUGAUUACAUUUGGUUUUGCAUUAUCUAAUGAUAUCUUUGAUUAAAUAAAAAAAAUUGGAUAAUUAGAAUUGGAUUAAUUAAAGCAACUUAAUAUAUCAGAAUUGACUUAUCAAGAAAUAUGUUAAUAAACAUAAACAAUAACUAAUAAUCUUAACAUAUUAUUUGAAAAUAAAUAAACUACAUUAAAAUUAUUUUGUAAAGAAUUAUUUGAAGCAUAAAAGUAUCUUACAAAGUUUUUCUUAAAUUUAUAAAAUAAACAUGAUUAAUUAAUUGAGAGAUAUUGGAGUUAAAUACUUAUAUAUUUAGAAUUCUUAAUUUAAGUUUGUACAAUUAAUCUAGAAUUACAGGAAUAGACAUAAGAAAUUUAUAGUUUCCUUGAUGAAUUAGAUACACAAAUUAAUAAUAAUUAAUAAUUAAAAUAAUAAAGAGAUUAAUCACAAAAUAUGAUUUAUUUGAGAUAAUUUAUACAAAGAAGGUUUAUUUUUGAUAAAUAAUUAAUCACAUAAUUAUUACAAUGUUUAAAUAAUUUUGGAUUGCAUAAUCAAAACAAAUUGUUUAAUAUAUUAACAAAAAAUUAAUCAAAUAAAAAUUAAUCAUUAUUAGACAUUCUGUUAUAAUUAAAAUUUUAUACUAGUCAUUUAGAAUAUGAGGAAUCUUAACCUGUAUUUCUUGAAAAUUUAAUAUAUCUAGUUGCAAUUGACAAUAAAACUACAACUGAUUUAGUUUUCUAAAUUUUAAAAUAAGUAAUGCUUAAUGAACAUAUAGAUUGGCAUGCUUAAUAAUUAAAAAAUAUUGAAGAACUCAAUUAAAUACAAUUUCCUUAAAAAUUUAUUGAAUGCCCAUUAUAAUAUUUAUUAUAACAUCAUCCUGUUUUAAUUAAUAACCCAAUCAUCUAUAAUUUGAUAAUAGAAUAAUAAGGCUUAUCAAUUACAGAUAAAUUUUCUGAAUUACAAAGGAUUCAUUAUCCUAAAUAAUAAUUCCCUCAACCAACAGGAAAAUUAACAAAAGAAUAAGAAAGAUUAUUAAAAGAGAGAGAAAAAGAAUAAUAAAAUCAACCUUAGACAGAUAUUGUUAUUAGAUAUGAGAUUGAACAAUUAAUAGAGCCAUAAUUGAAUGAAAAUUUCAUAGAUUUAGUAAAUAUAAUUGCAUAAAAAACAAUAGAUAGAUUUUUUGAAGAGAAUUGUAUUUUGAUAGAAUAAAUAUUUAAAGUUUAAAUUAAUCAAUAUAAGGAUGAUAAUAGAAUUUAUCUUUAUGGUUGGGAUUAAUUAUUGAGAAUAAUUGAAAUGCUCAUUAUUAAAAUUCCCUAAUUAGUAUUAUAUUUAAGAGAAUAUUAAUUCGUUUUACCUUCUCAAUUAAAUAUAGAUCAGAAAAAGAUUACUUUCAUAGAAUUUGUGAUUAAGUAUUUGACUUGGGUAGGUGGAGAUAAAUUGGCUAAUUUUUUGCAUAACUAUCUAAGCGACAUCAAUUUGUUAUCAUUUGGAUAUGGAAUUAAUAUUGCAUAAGAGGUUCUAUAACUAUUAUUGAAUGAAUUGUAUAUAGAUAUGAAUUAGGAUUAGAUGAUAUAAAAAUAUUAUCAUAUCUUACAAUUAUUAAUAUUAUUUACUUAGACAUUAACUAUGUAGAAUUGUUGUAUGAUAUUAACAGAUUAACGAUCAUAAUUAAAUAUAAUCCCUUAAUUAAUUGAUACUUUGAAUACUGUUAAAAAUUGUGAAAAUAAAUAAUUUGUUAAGAUAUAUCAAUAAACUAUAGCUAAAGUAUUAGAGCCAUUCUUGUAAUCUUAAAUAUACUAUGAUCACAUUAAAUAAGGUAGGUAUGGUGAAGUGUUCAGAUUGUAGUAAAGCAUUACUGAUGAUCCAUUUAAAUAUCAUUAUUUACAUUGUCUAAAAAAUCAAUUGGUUUGUUAUUCUUUGUAUCCAAAUUUUAAGAGUUCCACAGGAUCAGCAUAACAUUUCAUUUCUCAUUCAUAAGUUUAAUAAACAUUGAAAGAUGAAAACUAAUAAGAAUUAAUUUGGCCACUCCAUUAAUCAAAAAAAAAUUAUAAUAAUUAAAGAUAGAAUAAUUAGAAAUAAUAAGAAGAGGAUUUAAGUGAUUCUGAUUCAGAUUAAGAUAUUCUUUAAGUAGAUAAUAAUUAAAUCAAAUACAAAGUUAAUUAUUCAAAUAUAAAUUACUGGGGUUCAGAUUAUUAUUAUUAUGACAAUAAUGAUUUCAUGUCUAAAUACAGUAUGAAUCGAGAUGAUGAAAGAAUGUAACGUGAUAAUUAAUAAAGCAUAUUUCCUUAAAAAGAUCUUAAUAUCUUAUUUUGUAAAGUUGAUCCACUUAAUAUUAAUUUCAAUUUACCAAAAUUAUAAAUUACAAAAGAAAACAUCUAAUAUCAUUCUAAUGAUUAUAAAUAGUCAAUCACUUCAAUAGUAGGAUUAUAUUAUAGUUCAAAUGAAUACUUUGAAAAUAAAAAGUCUUUGAUUUCUAAAUCUUAUGAAAAUCAACUCAAAAUCACAGUUGAAUUUAUUAAUUAGAUCAAUAGGAUAUUAUUAUCCACAAAUUAUUAUAGAAAUAAAUAGAAUGAUUCUAUCCAAUAAUAUCUCUCAUAUUAUUUAAAUGGAACACUUAAUAACCUAUAAGUUUAAACAAGUGUUUCUUGUUUCUAUUCUAAAUUUGGUUAACCUCCUAAUUAAUUAUAACAAGAUUACCAAGCAAAUUAAUUAUCUAUUAAUAUUAAUGAAUCAAAAUAAUAACAAAAUAGAAUUUUAUGUCAAAUAUCAUGUAAUAUUCUGUAAAGUAGAGUAGUUUUGAAUGGGAUGCCAAAUGAUUUACAAGAUUAAAAUUUACUUAAAGGUAAGCUUUAGAGUUUAUUAAAAACUGAAGAUAAUCUUAUAAUUCAACCAUUAAUCUUAUAAAUUCCAAAAAGUUAAAUAUUAUAACCUGAUCCAUAAAAAUUAUUCAUCUAUGAUAAUUUGUUUCUUGAAAUAUUCAUUAAUCUACUUCAAGAUACAAAUAAUUUCCCAUAAUUUCCCUUUAAUUUAUUUAGAUAGAUUUGCAAAUGUUCUAGACUUGGAUUCAAAUUAUUAAUUUAGCUACUAUUAUUAUUUUAGGAAUAAAAAAACAAUUUAGAUUUAACUUUGAAAAUCUUGUAUCUUGUAAGUCAAAAAAUCCCAUCUACUAUUCUUAGAGAUUUACUAUCUGAAUAAUUAUAGGUGAGUCCUAUCUUAAAUAGAAGAGAGAAAGCUAAUCUUGCCAAAGUCUAAGAAAUAAAGGAACAAUUUGUGAUUGAAGAAGAAGAAAAUUUAGAAGAAUAACCUCAAGAUGAGGAUCCUGAAAAUCCACUAGUCUUUUUAAUUAAUUAACUUAAUACAUAUUGUGAAAAAAAUAUUUAAUUUAUGAAACUAUUUCAUAAUCCAGAAUCUUAUAUACCUUUAGAAAAAAGUAAAUUUUUUUUUUGAUAUUUUAGAUAUACUCUUAACUCCAUUAUUAGCAAACUAAACUGGAAUGCAUCUGUCUUACUUGAUUUAAAUUAUCAGAGGUUCUUUAAUCAUUAAUAGCGAAGAACCAAAGGAUAAGAAUAAAAAGUAUGAUGAAGAUUAUUUUUUAAAAUUUUAAAGAAGAUAAGCCAAUAUUUUUACUAAUAAUAACAAAGAAGAAUCUAAUCAUAAGUUAUUUGAUCUCGUCUCAUAACUCAAUAAACAUGAAUAAGACAUGAAUUUUGAAGAAAUGAUUUUCAAAACAUUUGGAGAUAGAUAUUCAGAUAAUUAAUAAGAUUAAUGGGAAUCAUAAUCUUAUUUUAGUAAAUAGCCAUUUUCUUUUAGAUAAAAUGAAAUAUAAUAAUAAUAAUAAUAGUAGUAGUAAUAGUAAUAAUAAUAAUAAUAGUAAUAAUAAUAGUAAUAAUAAUAAUAAUAGUAAUAGUAAUUAUAAUUGUAAUAAUAAUUGUAAUAAUAAUUGUAAUAAUAAUAAUAAAGAUUUAAUAUAUAAAAUUCAUCCGUCUUUUCAAUACCCUAACCUUCAUAAUAAUCAUUAUUUCAAACACUUCCAAAACAUGCUCUUCCUCCAAUACCAUCUAUAUCAUUACUUUAGUAACAGCAUCAAUCAUUAUAAUAAUACCAAUAAUAACGUCAAAAUAAUUAGUAAAAUUCCCAAUAAUAGCCAGCAUCUCAGCAUCAGCAAGUUAAUUAAUUUUAUGAUAAAUUUUUUAAAAUUAAUGAUAAUUAAUAAGAUUAAUUUUAAUCAUAUCAAUAAUACUUUAAACAAUUUUAUGAUAAUAUUGUCUAAUAAAGAUUACCAUAAUAAGGUCAAGAAUAAUAAGAAUAAUAAUAGAAUGAAAUUUAAUAAUAAUAAAUUAUUAAAGAAUAAUAAUAAUAAUAUCAAUUCUAAAAUGUAUCUGAAGAGUUGGAUGAAUCAGAUUAAAAAUAACAAAAAAGAGAGAGAAAGGUAAGUGCAAAGAUAUCACAUGUAGAAAUAGAUAUAAUUACAGCAUUAUGUAAAAUUCUUAAUAAUCAUUUACUUAGAGAUUGCAAUUCUACUGAAAUUAUUAAUAUACUCAAUACAUAUGCAAAUGAUAGAUUAAAAAUAGAACAUGCUAUAAAUGAAUUGACAAAAUACAUAAUCUAAUAAUCUAAGAUAUUUAAUUUCGAAUUAGAUAGAAAAAGAAAAUAAAUUAGAGAAAUUACAAGUUAACUUGAAAAGGUAUCUGAGUAUGAUCCAGAAAGAUAAUAAUAAUUGUCACAAUAAGAAAAUGAAAUUAUCAAAGAACUAAAUUUAAAAACUCCCGACCCCAGUAUCAUUUAAAGAUGUUUUAUAGCAAUAACAGGAUUUUUGAAUCUUAAUUUCAGUACAUCAGAUUAACAAAAAUAAUCUACUAAUAAACCAAGUUCAACAUAAACUAGAUAAUAAAUUUAAUUAGAUAAAAAGAAUUUUAAAUUAAAUUAACAAGGGAAAUAAAUAGAUGAUACACAAGAAAUUGAUAUGUUAACUAAAAAAGAUAUUAGAAAAUAAUUCAUUAAUGUAUUAUAAACAAGAUAAACUCAUCAUUUGUGGCUUAAUGUUGUAGAGACAUUAUUAUUAAUUUUCAAUUGUAAAGGUCAUAAAUCAAUAGAGUUAUUAUAGAAAAAACUAUAUCCACUUUUAGAAUGUUUUCUAAGGCUUUACUAAAAUGUACAUGAGGAUAUAAAUACUUCAGAUACUAUUUUAUAAGGUGUUGCUGAUCCAAACUUUUUUGAGCGUAAUACAAGUGGAUCUGCAACUAAUUCAUUAUAAUUUGGCUUAUUACAAACUUAGAACAUUCAUUUGAAACGAUCAUUUUCAGCAGUUCGAAAUGAAAAUGAAAUGUAAAUGAAAAUAGAUGAGUUAUUCACUUAUCUUUGUAUUAAUGGUAAAAGUCUAAUAAAUCAUUUGAUAUCAUAAAGGCUUCAUUAGGUUACCAUAGAACAGAAAUAGAGCUAGAAUUCAAAUCUCAUUAAAUUAUUCAAAGAUACUGAUCCUUUGGCUUUUGUUUUCUUUAAAAUGAGCUAAAUAAUUUCUUUUGAGAAUAAAAAACACUUAUUUGAAUUAGAUUUAGAGACCAUCAAAAUAAGUGAAAGACCUAAUGCUCGUUCAAAAGGCAGAUAAAAUGACACUAUUGAAAUUAAUGUUGUUAGAGAAACAAGACUAUAAUAAUCUUUGGAAAAAGUUAUUAAUAUUGAUAAGACAAAGUUUAGAAAAUGUGAUAUAAAAAUUAGAUAUCAAGGAGAAAGAGGUUAAGAUGAAGGAGGUAUUAGAAAAGAGUGGAUGACUAAUCUUGUUAAGGAUAUCUUAUAAACAGAUAAAUUUGAAUUAACACCUAAAAGAUUUUACAAAAUUAAUCCAAAUAAAAAAGCUUAAGAAGACUUGAAUCAUUUUAAACUAUUAGGUAAAAUAAUAGGUAAAAGUAUGUAUGAUGGAUUACUUUUACCAGUAUAUUUCAUUUCUCCUAUUUUUAAGCAAAUACUAUAGAAAAAGCCUAGCUUUGAUGAUCUUGAACAUUAUAAUGAAGGAUAUUAUGAUACUUUUAUUAAAUUUUUAAAUGAUGACACAUAAAUUUAAUAUAAAGAUUUAUUUGAAUUUUGGAUUCCAGAAGAGUAUGCAAAUCUAAUUGAAUAAAAUAAAAAGUUAAUAUUUGCUGAUCUACUUUAGGAUUAUAUCGAAAAGAAUCCUAUUGAGAUUAAAUAAGAAUCUGAACAAUAAUAAUAAUAAAAUUAGGAAUAAGAUUAAAUAAAAUAACAGGAAUAAUAAUAAUAAUAAUAAUAAUAAUAAGAACAAGAGUAAUAAUAGUAAAAAUAAUAAUAAGAAUAAUAGUAAUAAUAAUAAUAAUAAUAAUAAUAAUAAUAAUAAUAAUAAUAAUAAUAGUAAUAAUAAGAGCAAGAAUAAUAGGAAUAAUAAUAAAAAUCUACAUUUUUAGGUUUAGCAUAAUAAGAACAAGAAUAAUAGGAAUAAUACUUAAAAUCAACAUUUUUACGUUUAGAAUAAUAAGAAUAUGAAUAAGAAAGAUUAUUUUAAUACUAAAAAUAUUUAUAAUUUGAAGAAGAAUUAAAGAAAGAAUAAUUAUUAUCUUAAUAAUAAAAAUAGUAAUUAUUAGAUUAAUAUUUAAUUCCUGAAACAGAAAAAUAACAAUUAAUUGCCCAGAAUACAUUAUAAUAAAAAUAAGAGGAAUUAUAGCAAUAAGAAGCAUAAUUAUUAGAGCUCAAUUUCGAAUAAUUUGAAUAAUAAUAGUUAUUAUUAUAUCUAUAAUUACAGUAAGAGCAAUAACUUUAAUCCUAACAACUUAUUGAAGAAGAAUAGGUAAGAAUUGAAUAACAAUAAAAAUAAUUGCAAUAAGAAAAUAAAGCAGAAUCAGAAAUUAUAGUUCCACUCUUAAAAGUUUAGUAAGAUGUAAUAUAGAAAACUGAAAAAUUAGAAUUUUAAAUAUAGAAAUAAACUGAAGAUAUUACAGCUGAAGAUAUGGAAAAUAGAGAGAAGAAAAGACUUAUCAGAAAGAAUAAAAAAAAACAGUUGAAUGAUGAAGUUUUAAAAUAUAUAAAAUUGUAAGACGUUUUUGAAAAAUAAACUGCUCUUGUAUCAAUAAAACAUAAAAGAUUAAUAUGUGAAUAUAUUAGCAAAAAGAUUAUGUUAGAGGAGAUCAAAACUUAAAUUUAAGCAUUGAGAGAUGGAUUUUUUGAUAUAUUACCAAAAGAGUUAUUCUCUUACAUGGAUUGGAGAGAUCUUUAAAAACUAAUUAUUGGAGUUCCUUCAGUAGAUGGUACAUUAUUUUCAUAUUUAUUUUAGUUGAUGAUCUAUAAGCUAAUACUGAAUAUAUAAAUUAUGAUAACAAUAAUUAAACAGUCUUAUGGUUUUGGGAAGUUUUAAGUACUUUAAGUGACUCAGAAAAGGCUGAUUUCUUAAUGUUUGCAACAGGAAGUCCUCUAGUUCCAUUUGGAGGAUUUAAGAAUUUAAGAGGUCCAAAUGGUCCAAGAAAGUUCUCUAUUUCAAAAGAUUUCAAUAAAGAACAUUUUAUAAAGGCUCAUGCAUGGUAUCAAUCUUAUAUAUAUUUAGCUUUAAUCGUAUUGAUUUGCCAGAAUAUCCUUCUAAAGAAAUUUUAAGAGAAAAAUUGCUAAAAUCCUUAAAAGACUCUGGUUCUGGAUUUGAUUUAAGUUGA